AUGCUUUAUGCUGAUCAAUCAUCUCAAACAGAAUUAGGCAACAACAAUGAACUCUUUCUGCCACGCUCAGCUGCUGCUAGCUAUUUAUCUGAUUCGCCAGUACAACAAGGUGGAGAUCGAUUAGCCAGUAUGGUGUCAGACGCUUUAAAAGUAUUAAUACCGAACGAUCCGAGCCAAGUCGAACAACCACAACGCGCCAAACGAAUUCAUUGGGAAGAUCUUGGAUUUCACGCUACUGAUUAUAAUCGUAAAAAAUAA